AUGUCGCGGUUAAUCGUCAAAAAUUUACCGCCAUAUGUUACGCCAGCAAAACUCAAGGAACACUUCGAGCGGAGAGGUGCUCCUUCAGGAACUCUUACAGAUGUGAAAGUUUCUUCAAAGCCUGAUGGGACCUCUCGAAGGUUUGGGUUUGUUGGAUUCAAAUCCGACCAGGAGGCUCUUGCUGCACAGAAAUACUUCGAUCGGACCUUCAUCGACUCGACGCGGAUUAGCGUCCAAGUUACUGAGGGGGCGAAAGGUGCACCCGCACCCCGUCCCAACAAGCACAUCCAAGUCAGUGCAAGCGCCACACUGGACGGGAAGCUUGAAGAAUUCAUGAAGGUCAUGAAGCCGAAGAAAGGACCUGCUUGGGCCAACGAAGCUGCAUCUCAACCGCCUGUCAUUUCCUCAAAUGACGAAGCCAUGCCAAGCCCCGAACCUGAGCAGCCGCAAGGGGAGCUCAGCGAUCUCGAAUGGAUGCGACAACGGAUGUCGAAAGCUGUGGACGAGAAAGAGCAAGUGUUCGAGCAAUCGGAUGACGAUGAACCACAACUUAAAGCAUCAAGCACUGAACCCGCACCGGAACCGGGUACUUCAAAAGACCCCACGAAGGAAACAAUCCUCGAGACCUCUCGUUUAUUUGUUCGAAAUCUGUCCUUUGCAUGUACCAAUGAAGAGCUUGCGGACCUUUUCAAGCCAUUUGGCGAGAUAUCUCAGGUCCAUAUACCCCUUGAUUCGACAACGAAACAGCACAAGGGAGUUGCCUACGUCACUUUUGCUCGACCAGCGAAUGCCCUAGCUGCUUAUGAGGCACUCGACAAGAAGUCGUUCCAAGGUCGACUAUUGCACAUCCUGGCUGCCGUCGAUCGGAGACCAAAGGUGGAAGUUGUGGAGGGCGAGGGUAGGAAAAAGACGGUCAAAGAUGAGAAGGCGGCGAAGAGGAAAGCAGUUGCAGGCAAAGAGUUCAAUUGGAGUAUGCUUUACAUGAAUAGCGAUGCUGUUGCCUCGUCCAUCGCUGCACGGAUGAACAUCGAUAAAUCGGAUAUCCUAAACCCGGAAGCUGGAGACAACGCCGCUGUGAAACUCGCACUCGCGGAAACACAUAUCAUUCAAGAAACUAAGUCGUACCUGGAAAGCGAGGGUGUCCUGCUGUCCUCGUUCUCGUCGAAAGCACGGUCAGACACGACGAUUCUCGUGAAGAACAUCCCGUAUGGAACGACAGUAGAGCAAAUUCGCGAACUCUUCGAACCUCAUGGGACACUCUCGCGGGUCUUGGUGCCUCCGGCUGGCACGAUGGCCGUCGUGGAAUAUGAAAGGGCAGACGAGGCUGCCAAGGGGUUCCGCGCUGUGGCGUACAGGCGAUUAGGGAACACGAUCAUCUACUUGGAAAAAGGCCCUCUCGGAAUGUUCAGCGACAGUCCCUCAUCGUCUCAAGCCCCAGAAUUAUCAACAAAGGUCACUGGUCCAUCAACAGCGGUUACUCCAAUACGAACAUCGGACCAAACUCUCAACGACGAUGAGAACGGAGAACAGAGUAUACACGGCGGCACUACCCUCUACGUGAAGAACCUCUCGUUCGCAACGACUCAAGAUCGGCUCACGAAGGUCUUUUCACACCUACCUUCAUUCUCGUUUGCGCGGGUCCAGACGAAGCCCGACCCGAAACGCCCCGAGGCACGCCUCAGCAUGGGCUAUGGGUUUAUUGGGUUCAAGGAUGGUGAGGGGGCGAAGAAGGCGCUGAAGAGCAUGAAUGGCUUCGUACUAGAUGGGCACUCCCUGAAUGUUUCGUUUGCUGGCAGGGGUACAGAAGACGCGAAGACGCGGGAUACUACUGGCUCGUCCUCGCAGAGCCGAACAACGAAAAUGAUCGUGAAGAACGUCCCCUUCGAAGCUACGAAGAAGGAUAUCCGGGAUUUGUUUGGAUCGCAUGGGCACCUCAAGUCCGUUCGCCUUCCGAAGAAAUUCGACUCUCGCUCAAGAGGUUUCGCCUUCCUCGAAUUCGUGUCGCGCCACGAAGCGGAGAAUGCAUAUGCUACCCUUCGACAUACACAUUUGCUUGGUCGGCACUUGGUCUUGGAGUGGGCAGAGGAAGCUGAGCAGGAUCUGGAUGUGCUCAGGAAGAAGGCGGGCGUAGGAUAUGGAGGAGGUAAGGCCCUGCCUGGGCAGAAGCGCAAGUUGGAUUUAGGCACGACGGGUGAAGAGGAUGUUGAAGACUUGGAGGCAUAA